GUAAAAUAACAUGUAUGAAGAUUAGAGCUGCAAAUUUAAAUUGGCUUUUAAAUAAAAACUCAAAACUUAGCCUAGACAACAAAGUGCUUUUAUAUAAUACGGUCAUAAAGCCGAUUUGGAUGUAUGGCAUUCAACUGUGGGAACAAUCACGUGUUCACCAUGGUACAUACAUACGUAAUAGAAAUAUCCAUAAAGACCUUGGUAUCCCUAUGUAAAGAAAGAAGUAGAAGACAGCAGAAUUAAAUAUAUAUCUAAACUCAGAGAUCACCCAAACUCUUUGGCUAAUGCUUUGGUACAUUCCGGUGAUCAAACACGAUUUAAAAGAAGAGAUAUUCCUGCGUAUUAAAGAGCGACGCAUCACCAAAACAGCUCAAUCACUUGCUUGAGCCUGUCUAGUUUUUUAAUAGAUUUAAGAUUUUAUAACUUAUUGUUAGGCUUUAAGAAAAAGCAGAUCCAAUAAAUAAAAUAAUUAAAAAAAUAUAGGUGUCGCUAAGAUCGAUAGUUACAAUGACUUAAGCGGUAAUAUACAAAAAUAGUAAUGAAAAUUAACAAUUAAGUUCAGCAUGACAAGAUUGCAUGAAUUUCUAUUAUUCUUAUUUAUUAAUUAAAUAAAAAUGAGAUAAAUCGAAAAAAUAUGAUUUGUUAUGUUUAUUAGCCAUCAAUUUGUAAUAUAAGAUGAAAAAUUAUGGAAAUCAUGUUUUAUAAUUUUUUGUUGGAAUUUAACUACGAAUAACUUUGAAUGAGUUGACUCAGCCAAAAAAUGUUCUAGACCUUUUUUGCAGAUCGGUAAAUUUGCUAUAAGAAUAAGUGUUGAUUCUCGCUUACCAAUUAUUUGUUUGUGUACAUUAAAAAUCCAAACAAAAUAAACAAAAUUUCCUGUGUUAUUUAUAUGGGAAAUCAAAAAUGCCAAUGAGGCACCUCUUAAUAUUAAUAUUAAGAGCACAGGUCUUACCAAAAUUUGUUUUUAGUCAUGUCGGAUGAGAUUUUCAUGGUAACUAAGAAAAAUAAAAACUUGUUUUGGCCCACCUUAAUAUACAUAUAACAUACUUACAUAUGUACAUAUGCAUAAUUUCAUAAUUGCCAUAUAUGUAUGCGUACAUUUACAAACAUAUAUCUAUAAUACAUAAAUAUUAGACGAGGGUUCUAAUUCAGUGGUCGGCAUGAGAGGAUCUGUCACUGCGUUGGUGAGCACGAAAAAACAGUAGCCCAAUGAGAAAUUGGAAUUUAAAUUAAGCAAAUUUUAUAAGCAAAAUUUAAAAUAUAAUAUAUAAAACUAAAUGACUUUUAAGGAUAUAUUCCCUAUUAUCUUUAAAAGACUUGGAACAUAAAAGGCAUUGCAUGGCACCAAAGGCAUUUAGAAUCAUAAAGUAUUUCUCGUAGGGCAUAUUUGGUUUUGCGCUAUAGUCUUGCGUGAUGUUAAUUCGUUGACGGCUCGACAACGACUGAACGAUAGAGCGUAAUAGGCUAGUUAGUGAACAACGCAGAAUCGUGGGUCGUGUCAGCUGGCACGACCUAUCUUAUGGGCGCGCAAUGUAACUGAACAGUGAAAAACGCUACUCCCUUCUCUCUGACGUGACGAUGACGUGAGAAUCUGCGACAUUUGGAUUUUUGCCGUCGCAAACGUCUCAGCUGAUUGCUCUCUCACAACGCAGGGUUGCCAAUAUCGAUAUACUGCAGUAAUUAUCAACUUUUAUAAUUCAAUUUGUUCAAUAUGUUUGAAAUUUUCUUAAAAUAACUCAAAUCAGAGUCGAAUGCUAUUAUUUAUAAAUAUAUAAACUAUUUUUAAUAGUUUGUUUUCAUUUUUGAUAUUUUAUAUUGUAAAAAUUGUAAUUGAAAACAAAGAUGUGCUCAAAACUAUAUAUGCGUAUUGGGCAAUGGCAACAUUGUUCAAAUGAAAACAAAGCAAAGAUGGCUGAUUUCUGCGUUUUUACCACGUUUUUGACUGUGCACCCAUUUUGCCGAUAAGGAAGGAAAAGGAAGGAAGAGAGUAGCGUUUUUGACUGGCUAGCUUUUAAUAGGCUAGCCAGUGAACAACGCAGAAUCGUGGGUCGUGUCAGCUGGCACGACCUAUCUUAUGGGCGCGCAAUGUAACUGAACAGUGAAAAACGCUACUCCCUUCUCUCUGACGUGACGAUGACGUGAGAAUCCGCGACAUUUGGAUUUUGCCGCCGCAAACGUCGCAGUUGAUUGCUCUCUCAGAACGCAAGGUUGCCAAUAUCGAUAUACUGCAGUAAUUAUCAACUUUUAUAAUUCAAUCUGUUCAAUAUGUUUAAAAUUUUCUUAAAAUAACUCAAAAUCAGAGUCGAAUGCUAUUAUUUAUAAAUAUAUAAACUAUUUUUAAUAGUUUGUUUUCAGUUUUGAUACUUUAUAUUGUAAAAAAUUGUAAUUGAAAACAAAGAUGUGCUCAAAACUAUAUAUGCGUAUUGGGCAAUGGCAACAUUGUUCAAAUGAAAACAAAGCAAAGAUGGCUGAUCUGCGUUUUUACCACGUUCUUCACUGUGCAAACAUUUUGCUCGAUAAGGAAGGAAAAGGAAGGAAGGGAGUCGCGUUUUUCACUGGCUAGCCUUUAAGCGUACGUGUGAAGUUAGUUUGCAAAAUUUUGCUAUGAAAUGCCGACCACUGUUCUAAUUGUAAAAGUGCAUUUAUAUUUACAUAUAAACAUGUACAUAUGUAUGUAUGUACACGAGAGAAAAUAGCUUUUUCAAAUACCUCUCUCUGUCAAAAGAAAAAAAAGGUUCAACAAAACAUACACAACCUGAAGAACUAUAUAAAAUAUAUAUUAACACAUAAAUAUUAGUACAUAUUCAAAGUCCACAUUGGCAAUUAUUCGACAAUACCUCUUUUUCUUUGGCAAACAAAAACGAUCAGGAUUGCGUACAAAAGCGAAUUGAUCUCUCCAACGAGCUCUCAAUUGCUUACGAACAAAGCACAAUCAUAAACGUUUGUGUGCUCGUGCAUACUUAUGUAAAUAGCGCAUUGAUUUCUUCAACGAGCUCUCAAUCGCUCAAAACAUAACGGUUGGUACGCAGCUCUCAAGUAAUUGCUCAAAAAAAAAAAAAAUACAUUAUUUCUCAAGUAAUUUUGACAGCUGGUUACGCAUUGUGAAUGAUCCACAUUAGAAGAGCAAGAGAGAAUAAACAAAGUAAACAAACUUUGUGCGUAUGUAUGUAUGUAUGUAUGUGUAUGGUAACACAAAUAUUUUCAUUGAGAUUUAAGGAAUGUUGUUGAUGAUUGGUUGGUUUUAUACAACAUUUCAAAAUGGAAUAUACUUUGUAAUAAUGAUUUCAACUAAUUUAGGAUGAAUUUGACGAUUACUUCGAAUUUCCUGCAAGAAACAAUUGUUGAUUUGAUGUUUCUUCGCAAAACCAGGUUUGCCAUAUUCACAUUUUAUUGAAAAAAAGUAUUAAAAAUUAGUACUAGAUUUCUUGAGAGCUGCGUACUAGCACAAGUAACUUUAUCGCAGGAAGGUUACUGGACCGUUUCUUAAGCGUUUUUAUACUCUCGCAACAAAGUUGCUAAAGAGAGUAUUAUAGUUUUGUUCACAUAACGGUUGUUUGUAAGUCCUAAAACUAAAGUAGUCAGAUAUAGGAUUAUAUAUACCAAAGUGAUCAGGGUGACGAGUAGAGGUGAAAUCCGGAUGUCUGUCUGUCCGUCCGUCCGUCUGUCCGUCCGUCUGUGCAAGCUGUAACUUGAGUAAAAAUUGAGAUAUCAUGAUGAAACUUGGUACACGUAUUUCUUGGCUCCAUAAGAAGGUCAAGUUCGAAGAUGGGCAAAAUCGGUCCACUGCCACGCCCACAAAAUGGCGGAAACCGAAAACCUAUAAAGUGUCAUAACUAAGCCAUAAAUGAAGAUAUUAAAGUGAAAUUUGGCACAAAGGAUCGCAUUAGGGAGGAGCAUAUUUGGAAGUAAUUUUUUUGGAAAAGUGGGCGUGGCCCCGCCCCCUACUAAGUUUUUUGUACAUAUCUCGGAAACUACUAUAUCUAUAUCAACCAAACUCUAUAGAGCCGUUUCCUUUAGGCAUUUCCAUAUACAGUUCAAAAAUGGAGGAAAUCGGAUAAUAACCACGCCCACCUCCCAUACAAAGGUUAUGUUGCAAAUCAAUAAAAGUGCGUUAACCGACUAACAAAAAACGUCAGAAACACAAAAUUUUACGGAAAAAAUGGCAGAAGGGCGUGGCGUCGCCCACUUAUGGACCAAAACCCAUAACUCAGGAACUACUCUACCGAUUUCAAUGAAAUUCGGAAUAUAAUAUUUUUUUAAUACCCUGAUGACAUAUACUAAAUAUGGGCGAAAUCGGUUCUCAGCCACGCCUUCUUCCAAUAUAACUCUAUUUUGAAUUCCAUCUGAUUCCUUCUCUGUAUAAUAUAUACAUUAGAAACCAAUGAUCAUAGCGGAAUAAAACUUUACUCAAAUAUGGUAUGUGGGCUUGUGGAAAAAUUGUUGUGAUCGGACUAUAACUUUUCAAGGUCCCUGAUAACGAACACGAAGAACUCAGUGCCCAACCUAACCUAACCUAAUUUUUCACCGAAAAUAUCGGUAAAUCUCUCAGAAUUUAAUUCUAACUAAUUUUACAGCAAAAUAAAAAAAUAUGUAAAUGACGGAUAAUGAAAUCUCGAUUAUCACUUUAUCGUGCGAGAGUAUAAAAUGUUCGGUGACACCCGAACUUAGCCCUUCCUUACUUGUUUUAUUUGAGAGCUGCGUACUAAGCUUAAGCACAUACAAGUGCAAGUAUUAGGGUGUACCUAAAUACAAAUCAUGCGGACAUAAAAUAUUUUAAUUAAUAAAAAGCGCGGUUUUUAAUAACAAUUAACAAUUCAAAUAUAUUUCUGAACUAAAAUAUAAAUAAAUAAUAUUAUUUUGCAAAAAUGGUUAACAACAACAAUAAUCAAAAUACACCUGCAGGAGAUACACGCCCAAAACAGGUUGCUAAAUUUAUUUCAGAAAGUGACUGUUUAACAAGAUACUGCACUAGAUUUGCCUCUUAACCGAUUCAAGAAAACUCCGAAUCGUUAUUAGAAAUAAAAAGCCAAAAUCUUAAAAAUUUCUGGUCUCGUCUCCAAGCGGCUCAUGACGCCAUAGUAGAAUCUGACGAUUAAAACGUACCACAAAAUUUGAAACAAUCGGGUAACGCAAUAUAUGAAAACUGCUUAGACCAAUAUGAAGAAACAAAAGCCAUGAUCUCCGAUCAAUUAAAGCUAAUAAAAACAAUUGCACCUACUCCACAUCCGAGAGCAGAGCUGCCACAAAUGCAACAAUAUCAAGAGGCAAGUUCAGGCAUCCAACUCGAGUUGCCCGCUUGUGACACAGAAACCUUUUACGGAGGUUAUGAAGAAUGGCCGUCCCUCCGGGACAUGUUCACGGCCGUGGACAUAAACCAUCCUCAAUUAUCACAAGCACAAAAAUUGUAUCACCUCAGAUACAAAACUAAAGGUGAAGCAGGCAUAAUAGUAAAACAGUUCGCUCUUAAUGACGUUAAUUUCAAUUUGGCUUGGGAAGCUCUAAAAGCUAGAUACGAAAAUGAAAGAAUACUGGUCGAUAAACAAGUAACGACACUACUAAACUUGCCUAAAGUCAAGAAAGGAACAAGUGAAGAAUUUGUAACACUACAAUCCACUGUUUCUAAUUGUUUGUCGAUUCUGUCGACACAAAAUAUUCUCACAGACAGCUAGAACCCAAUUCUGGUAAACAUUUGCACCGCCGCAUUACCAAAAAAGUCGUUACUUCUAUGGGAGCAAUCGCUCUCAUCACGAAAAAAGUGCCCAACGCGGCAACAAAUGAAAGAUUUUCUCACCACCCAAUAUGAAAUUAAGGAAAGGUUAGAAGAAAAAAUAAUCAAAACUAAGAACACUAAACACGACCAAAAUAGAAACUUCAAUAGACCCCAAGUUAGUAACAAAAACAAUUUAAACAAAAACUUUCACAAGAGGGCAUAAGCUUAAAACUUGCGAGAAGUUUAAAAAAAAUGAAUGUCAAUGAAAGGAACAACUUUGUCAGACCAACAAGACUCUGUACAAACUGCUUGUCCCACGCACACAAUCUUAAUCAUUGCAAAAGCAAAUUUAAUUGCUCAUAUUGUCACAAAAGACACAGUUCAAUGCUUCAUUACAGCAGAUUUCCGAACUCUCUCCAAAGAAGCGCUUUUACAAAAUUAAGCACGGGUUUAAUUGCCAAAGCAAAUCACGAAACCCAAAAUUCGAAAAAUUGCCAAAAAACACCAUGCUGCUCAAAGGCACACAAAUCUCAAACGCUGCACAGCGAAACACAAAGUGGACUAGUUACAGAACUAGUCACCACCAUACCAACUCAAGUUGAGUGUAAUAAAAACAAGUACCUUAAUUCACAAUUAAGGAAAUUUCAAACCUUAAAGAAACUUCCCCCCAUAACUACUCGAUCAAAAAAUGGCCGGUACGUCGUACGACAACCACUAGAGCCACAGCUUUAAAAUACUCCACAAAUUGGUAUAAAAAACAAAGUCAGAGUUACCUCUGACAGUCGAUAUAUUAAAAGCACAUAACACUUUUGGCCCCGCAGGAUGGCUUUCGCCAAUAAUGAUACAAAAAUCCUGCUUAAAAAAUCUCAAGCUAUGUUGUGGCGCGGUACUAAACGUCACAUUAGUGCGUACGCACUUAAACAUAAAAAAUAAAGCGAAAGUGUCUCCAAAAGUAAAAAAAAAAAUCGACACUUUUCAUACAAUAUUGCCCCACAGAGGCUUUAAUUUUCAAAUAAAUAAAAUCUCAAGAGCACGUUAAGUGAUCACCAAAUUCCCAAUGCGAUACAGUGACGCACCUACACUUUCAAAAGUCAAUAGUCCCUCUUAUCGCAUCUAUUCAAGCGCGCCUCAUAUGGGUAGGUUAAGGGAAUCAGCUACAUAAAGCUUCAAAUUAAUUAUGAUUAUCUACUCUACAAAUCGUAGCCGUUCUCCAUUCACAGCCUCUCUCUCGCAAAGUCCCUCUAUUAUCACAGUCCUAACUCCAGGGCUAAGGAGUACCCAUUCUGGCCAUAUCUGAGCCAGGCGUGGAGUUACAAUCUUUCAUAAGCCGAGAAUUAAUAAAAUAGAAACCAUUUCAGAAAAGGCAAAGAAUACAUAACCGGUAUACCAAAUCGAUAAAAUAAGAGAUUGUAAAUAACCGCAAAUAAAAUUAAUUAACCUUUGACUGGUGACAUGGUUUUUGUGUAACUUAACUGGUGACGAGCGGCCUAAGAGGCCGCUGCUUUACAUUGUCUAUAGCAUCGAAACUAUAUACGAUAGCUUACUGCAGUCUUUCAAAUCAUUAAAUGAAUACAUAAAAGAAUAAAAUAAAACUACUCAAUAGACUCUAAAUGUGAUUUUUAAUUAUUAUCUUUCUAAUACAAUCUAUGUAGGAACUAAAAUCAAAAAUCCAGAGAUAAGAUCAAUAAUCAUGCUCAAAAAAAAUUAAAUCACCAUAUUAUAACAAAAAUACUAUUUAUCAUUAUAGUUAAGGUAUAUUUAUUAACAAAAAUAAAAUAAAAUAUGUAAUCACAAAUAUAAUUUUAAAAACUGGCAAUGGUCAAUCUUUGGUAAUUUUUAUUGGCAGUCAGGGCAUAAUUGUUUAGCGCACUGCAAGCAUACAUGUUUUUUACAUGAAUGGCAUUGGUAAUUAGACUUGCGAUUUAACUUAGGAGGACAUCUGGUACAGGUUUUCCAUGAUUUUGGUAUAUCCUCGGAAUUUUGGGGUUCUGGUGGCAAAUCAGAACCCAAAAUACGCGCUAAGUUGACGCGUAUAUCGCGUGGAAUGUGGGUAUUAUAAACUCUGUGUGAGUUCACGAAUUUUCUCAUUUGUCCACUUCAAUAUUUCUUUUAAGAUAUCCGGACUCAUUAUUUUCUUCCACAGUGAAAAGGGGUCUCUUUCGUCGUGUACAUUCAACCUCGAUUCCGGCACACGAGCUAUAAUGUUAUGCUGGCUUGUUCGUGCAACUCUGUUUGGCGAAUUUUUUGCCCACUUAAAACGUUUCUUACCAAAGAAACAUCUAACAAGUCUUGAUAACGGUUCAUAACUACUGUCACUUUCUGACUGCUGAUUCCCUUGAAUUAACGGGUGAUUUUUUUGAGGUUAGGAUUUUCAUGCAUUAGUAUUUGACAGAUCACGUGGGAUUUCAGACAUGGUGUCAAAGAGAAAGAUGCUCAGUAUGCUUUGACAUUUCAUCAUGAAUAGACUUACUAACGAGCAACGCUUGCAAAUCAUUAAAUUUUAUUACCAAAAUCAGUGUUCGGUUCGAAAUGUGUUUCGCGCUUUACGUCCCAUUUAUGGUCUACAUAAUCGACCAAGUGAGCAAACAAUUAAUGCGAUUGUGACCAAGUUUCGCACUCAGUUUACUUUAUUGGACAUUAAACCAACCACACGAAUGCGUACAGUGCGUACAGAAGAGAAUAUUGCGUCUGUUUCUGAGAGUGUGGCUGAAGACCGUGAAAUGUCGAUUCGUCGCCGUUCGCAGCAAUUGGGUUUGUGUUAUUCGACCACAUGGAAGAUUUUACGCAAAGAUCUUGGUGUAAAACCGUAUAAAAUACAGCUCGUGCAAGAACUGAAGCCGAACGAUCUGCCACAACGUCGAAUUUUCAGUGAAUGGGCCCUAGAAAAGUUGGCAGAAAAUCCGCUUUUUUAUCGACAAAUUUUGUUCAGCGAUGAGGCUCAUUUCUGGUUGAAUGGCUACGUAAAUAAGCAAAAUUGCCGCAUUUGGGGUGAAGAGCAACCAGAAGCCGUUCAAGAACUGCCCAUGCAUCCCGAAAAAUGCACUGUUUGGUGUGGUUUGUACGCUGGUGGAAUCAUUGGACCGUAUUUUUUCAAAGAUGCUGUUGGACGCAACGUUACGGUGAAUGGCGAUCGCUAUCGUUCGAUGCUAACAAACUUUUUGUUGCCAAAAAUGGAAGAACUGAACUUGGUUGACAUGUGGUUUCAACAAGAUGGCGCUACAUGCCACACAGCUCGCGAUUCUAUGGCCAUUUUGAGGGAAAACUUCGGACAACAAUUCAUCUCAAGAAAUGGACCCGUAAGUUGGCCACCAAGAUCAUGCGAUUUAACGCCUUUAGACUAUUUUUUGUGGGGCUACGUCAAGUCUAAAGUCUACAGAAAUAAGCCAGCAACUAUUCCAGCUUUGGAAGACAACAUUUCCGAAGAAAUUCGGGCUAUUCCGGCCGAAAUGCUCGAAAAAGUUGCCCAAAAUUGGACUUUCCGAAUGGACCACCUAAGACGCAGCCGCGGUCAACAUUUAAAUGAAAUUAUCUUCAAAAAGUAAAUGUCAUGAACCAAUCUAACGUUUCAAAUAAAGAACCGAUGAGAUUUUGCAAAUUUUAUGUGUUUUUUUUUUAAAAAAAGUUAUCAAGCUCUUAAAAAAUCACCCUUUAGUUUUUCAUCUUCAGAAACACUUUGUUCGCUGCGAGUCGUGAUCACUUUGGUCUAGGGUGAAGAUUUUGGGAACAUUUUCAGCUUCUGAUCCACUUAAAUCUUCCUGAGCCAAAUAAACUUCAAUCACACUGUUCGACACUACAUUUUUAACUCCUAACUCCUUACGCUUCUUUUUAGGAGGUUUGGAAUCACUCAUUGCUAGUAAUAACCGUGAAAAUACGAAAAAACAAUAAAGAAAAUUUAUAUUAAAAAGUUACACAACUGGUGACGUAAGGUCUGAGAGGCCCAUGCCGAAGUUUAUGUCGAUGUAACUUAUCGAUAUGAGACAAUACGACGCAACUGUCCCACUGUACGGCGUGGACACAACUAAACUCGAAGCUACUGGGACUUUGAAACAAAGGAAGCGCAGGGAAGGGGGUGAAAUGAUGUUUCAUUGACUCCGCUCGGCCUGUGAGACCGCUUGUCACCAGUUAAAGGUUAAAGCGAACACCGCAUACACUUUUUUAUUAUAAUAAUAAAUGGGAUAAAGACUUAAAAUAUAGUUCCUAGCCAUACGCACCUAAAAAUAAAUAAAUACCAAAUACUAUGUUUAACACCAAUAGC